AUGGCCGACUCCAACGCCAACGAGCAGUCCUCCCCUCGAGCCCAUUACCGUCUCGGCGGCCUUUCUGGCUUCAUACCGCUCAACGAGGAGCAAACCACUCUUUCCACACGCGGACAGCGGUUGCCGUCGCUUUUCCAGACCCGGUCAUCCACAUCCCUCCUCGCGCUUGGCUGGCAUAGUGAGCAGCAGCGCCCAUCCGCGAAGCGCCGUACCUCCUUCCACUCUACUUCGUCCGCCGACGAAGAUGUCGAGCGGGGCGAGGAUGACGAGCCCCCCAACAGCGUCGGUUCGCCAUUACUGCGACGGGCUACGCACGACACAGAUCCCCGUCGGUUCAGCUUGGGCCCGGAGAUUCUGAACACGCCUCAGAUGCGAAGCAUGCGCUUGAUCGGGAACAGCAACCCGCGAUACCAGUGGCGGCAAUAUUUCAAGAGCGAGGCACAGCUGAAAGGUAUGAAGAAGGCGGUGCGUCAGUACUACGAACGAUGCAACUACCUGAUCAGCCACUACAUCUACAUUGAUCGGUUGUUGGACUCGAGUCUCCCGCACGACCUUAUUCAGGAGUAUCAACUCAGACCGAUGCUGAAGGGUCAGGAGUGGUCACACGGCAUGGAACCUAUCGCCGAGGUUCAAGAGCCGUCGUCUGCCACGACACCGAGCGCGAACGGUACUCCCACCACUGCGAGUGGGCCAUCCGCCGGAAGUCCGACUGAUGCACUGAAGCCCAAGGUCAAACGAACCCCGAAGAACCUGUACAAGCUACCGGAUCCAAGCGAGACUAGCCCGUUGCUCAAGAACGAGGAGCUCGAGAGGGUAUUCGAGGAAGCGUCAGAGACAGACAAGUUGCUGGGAGAGAACAUUGAUGUUGAGCUCCUGAUCGAGGAUGAAAGUGUGGAGAGCGGUGAUCCCGUGGUCACACUUGCGCUGUACAUCAACUUGGUGGCAAACGCGGUCUUGCUCGCUGCAAAGAUUGCCGUCAUUGUGCUGACGAGCUCGUUGUCUGUGUUGGCCAGCUUGGUGGAUGCCGCGCUUGAUUUCCUGUCAACGGCAAUUGUGUGGAUAACGACGAAGCUCAUCAGCCAUCAGGAUCAGUACGCAUACCCGAUCGGACGGCGCAGGCUGGAACCUGUGGGCGUCUUGGUGUUUUCGAUCAUCAUGAUAACGUCGUUUGUGCAAGUCGGAUUGGAGUGCGUGAACCGACUGUUCAGCGGCGAUCGAAGCAUCGUGGAGCUCAGCAUACCGUCAAUCGUCAUCAUGUUCAGUACGGUGGUGAUCAAAGGAUUCUGCUACUUCUGGUGUCGGCUGGUCAAGAACUCGAGCGUGCAGGCACUUGCGCAAGAUGCACUCACCGAUGUGGUUUUCAACACCUUCUCGAUCAUCUUCCCCUUGAUUGGAUUCUACGCACAGAUAUGGUGGAUGGACGCACUAGGUGGUUUGCUAUUGUCCGUGUACGUCAUCUUCAACUGGAGCAAGACGAGCUCGGAGCACGUGAGGAACCUGUGCGGAGCAGCAGCCACGGCGGACCAGAGAAACGUGCUUCUGUACUUGACCAUGCGGUUCGCAAAGACCAUUCGGUACAUUCAAGGACUGCAGGCGUAUCAUACGGGCGACAAGCUGAAUGUCGAGGUGGAUAUUGUGCUUGAUGAGAACAUGAAUCUGAGAGACAGCCACGACCUCGGCGAAUCGUUGCAGUAUGUGCUGGAGAGUGUGCCGACGGUGGAUCGAGCAUUUGUGCACGCCGACUAUGCCGACUGGAAUCUGCCGUCACACAUGAACCAGCAGUCUGAGUAG